AGCAUAUUCAGUUUGGCAAGGAAGUUGUAGUUCAGAGUGACUCCGAUCAGGUCUUGGACAACAGGAAAAGCCCUCGUCGUAUCACAAUCUCAUAUGCAUGUCUGUGAAGCAGGUAAAACAAUGUCGAGCAGACUUGGCAGAUUUCUGCGAUGUCCCCUGCUUGGUGUCUUGCUGCUAAUGUGCCUGUUUAUGAUCUUAUGCCUGCUCAUGUAUGACAGCUCAUCCAUCAGCUAUUUGACACACCACUUUGGACCAAUCAGACCAGAGCAAAGAGAGGUACUGAUUCUCAUCUGGCAGUGGCCUUUUAACCAGUCAUUUGACCUAGACAUCUGCAAGUUGCAGUUCAACAUAGACGGCUGUCACCUGACUGUUGAUCACGAGUUAUACAGCAAAGCUGACAGCGUGUUAAUCCAUCACCGAGACAUUAACUGGGACUUGUCCAAUUUACCCAAAUCACCACGCCCUUUUCACCAGAAAUGGAUUUGGAUGAAUUUGGAGUCGCCAUCAAACACGGCUAAAAUCCCUGGUAUAGAUAACAUGUUUAACGUGUCGCUCAGUUACAGGCAAGAUUCAGACAUCAGAAUGCCAUAUGGAUGGGUUGUUCCAACCAAUCAGAAGUUGAGAGACUUCAUUCCUCCAAAGAAGGACAAAAUGGUGUGUUGGAUUGUCAGUAACUUUCAGUUUCACCAUCGGAGGGCAAGGUACUACGUCGAGCUCCAGAGGUACCUGGAAAUCCAAACUUUUGGUGGCUCCUUCAACCAGCCUGUUUCUGAGGAAAGUUAUCGAGAAAUCAUUGCUGGCUGUAGAUUUUACCUUUCAUUUGAGAAUUCAGAGCACAAUGACUACAUCACCGAGAAACUUUACAAUGCUCUACAGUUUGGUGCAGUGCCCAUAGUGCUUGGCCCAUCUAGAAAGAACUAUGAGCGUUUCAUCCCCCGAGAUGCAUUUAUCCAUGUGGAUGACUUUCCCUCUGUGAGAGAUCUAGCAAAGUAUCUUCUUCUUUUAAGCAGACAUGAAGCACUGUACUGCCGGUACUUCAACUGGAGGCGAUAUUUUGAAGUGAAAAUCAGCUCUUUCCCAGCAGAGCAUGCUUGCUACAGCUGUGAUUACAUCAGGCAACACAAAGAGUAUCAAGUGCUCACAAAUCUUUACUGGUGGUACUGGGGUGUGAGUGAGGGAUUAGAGGAGCCACGGAAUAUGUUCUAAAACUCCCUUAAACCCGUCAGACUUUAAUCUGCAUACCCUUUGUAUUUUACUGAUUGGUCACACCCUAGUUUGACCCCUACAAGCAGUUUUAUAAAGUCUAAGAAUAUGUAAACUUGAAUAUAACAUAUACUGUAGCUUCACCAUAAAGCCAUUUUUUAUAUAAUUGAUGUAUACAUAACAACGAAGUCCUACUGAAAAUGAAUUUACACCAUUGAUCAUGCACAGUUCUGGGUAGUAACAGAUUACAUGUAAUCUAGAUUUUGUAAUAAAAUUAAGUAAUUGUAAUUAUAUAAAAUUUUAUAAAAUUUUAUUACAUUUUACAUUUUAAAGUACUCAUAAUUAAAGUUACUUUAUUAUUGAACCAUUGAAUGGUAAUCCACACACAAAUGCCAGUCUUAUUGCAUAGUGUGGUAAAGUUAGUUCUAUCGGGAAGACACGCAGGCUUGAGUGAAGUUUGAGAUGCCAUUUAUUUGAUAGAUGUAAAACGGGAGGUGAUGUCUCUCUCUUUGGCGUAGGCCCCGUCCGGCAGUCUGAGGGAUUUGUACCCGGAACCGUCAUAUCCUAAAAAAAAAAAAAAAAAUUGAAAAGAAAAGAGAUAUGAAGGAGAGGUUAAAAAGCCUUAUGGCUUAUUUGAAUACCUCACCUUUUCAAUAACAAACAUUUAACUAAAUAUGAAAAAAGAAAAACAA